CUCUGGUGUCCAUGGAAACACUACUAACACACAUGGUUUAGCAGCUGGUUUCAGUGGCUUAACGGUUCAAACAAGAGAAGACAGUAGCUAGCCUGCAAGUUACACAUUUAGCGACUUCGAAGUUGCAGAAAGAACUCCAGGUCUUAUGGACGUACCUGCCAGGGAUAGUCCUUCAGAGGAAGCUUCCAUCUCAUCUUUUCAUUCGGAAUAUCCUCCAGACAACACUUGGAAAGAUGAGGAAACAGAAGAUGAAGGCACAAGAGAGGAGACCUUCAGAGAAGACCCAUCACAAAGGCAACCAACGGAUGCAACAGAGUUGUCUUUAGAGUUAGAUGCUACUAACUGUGCGGAUAAUGAUGACGACCUUGGGGAGGAUGGCGGAUGUAGCGGAAAGAAGAGUUAUGCUGAGACAGCACGGAUGUUCAAGCUGAGAAGGAACCUGGACCAGCUGGACUGCUUCCACCGACAGAAGGAGCACAACGUGCUGAAAGCCAGAGAGGAGCUCAAAGUUUGCCGUCUGCAUAUUUCUGAGCUGGAGAGGCAGAGAGCUCGAGUGGAAGAGGAGAUAGAGCAACAGAAAGAGGACGACAACAGCACCCAUUUGUUUUCAUGCAGUGCGGCCGUGUUUCGCCUCCGAGCCCAGCACAAGCGCCUGUGUCAGGAGUUACAGCAAGAGGAGGAGCUGGAGUCACAUGUGGCCACCACUCUGAGAGAACAUGAACUGGAAAUGUGUCAGGUGGAGGUGGAAAUGGGUGGUUUCUCCCUCCUCCGUGUGGAGGUGCAGGAGGAGGAGCAGGCCUACCAAGCGCUGCAGGCCCAGAGAGGGGAGGCCAGGCUGCAGAAGGAGUACACCUCCACCCAGAGCCUGCAGCUCCGGACACAGUGCCUCAAAGCGAGGCAGGCGGCCACACAGAAGGAAGAGGAGACUCACUGUCAGAGGACCGCAGAGCUGGCCCAGGCUAGCCGCCAGAAAGCAGCGCUGUAUCUUAAAGAGACUAUAAACAGGAUGCAUCGGGAAGAGGCAGAGAACGAGCAGCAGAGUCGAGUGCUGAGGCAGAAAAGGAUGCAGGCAGUCCUGUCAUUGAAGGCCAACAUUGCAUGCACCCAAGAGAGCCUGCGAGCCCAACAGACGAGGGCCAGAGCCCAGGCUCGGAGACAAGAGGAGGAGGAGAGACAGCUGAGAGAGUCCCUACAGACACAGGGUAUCAACAGCACCAAGUACAUGUACCAACAGAAAAAGCUCCAGGAAUUCCAUCGAAAGAAAGAAGAAUUUCAGGAGAAGCAGAAAUCCAAACGGGUGGAAAUUGUCUCCAAGUUACUGCUGGAAGAGGAGUUGUUAGAGAGACGUAAGAGGCACCAUGCUCUGCUGUUCCCUCCCACCCAAGUCAGCCUUGUGGAGAGGUUGGCAGGGCAGGAGAGAUCUCCAGAGAAGCUCCUUCAGAGCCUUGAUCCACAGCCGGCAGAAACAAAGGAAGAGAAAAGAAAACGACAGGACACAGUGUUUAGUGACAGCAGCUCUUCAUCAGAGCUGUCUGACCAGGAGGAGAGCAGGGACCUGGAGGAGGAGCAGGGCCUCACUGACAACCUGGCGCAGCCUGAGUUCACUGGCCUCUGGGACCAGACACGUCAAGUUCACCAGAGCACUCCAAAUGAAGAUGCUAAAUCAUUACAGUCGCGAGCAGAGAGACAGGAUAUGUCUUUGCUGCCGGUAGGGAAACCUCCAGUGGCUGGUAAAAGAGUUAUACAAGGGAAGGAAUUUAAAGGCUCACCUUUCAUCAGCAAACCAGAAAUCAUCCUCUUCAAGGAUUUUGAUGUGGGACAGAUGUACAAGAAGAAGGUCACCCUGACUAAUGUCAGCUACACAACCAAUUAUUGCAAGUUACUUGGUGUCACCAUGGAACUGAUGGAUUUCAUUUCUAUAAGCUUCGAGCCUCCUGGUCCAAUAUCAGCUGGGAUGGCCUGUGAGAUGCAGGUCAUUUUUCAACCAAUGAUGAAUAAGGAUUUGAAGGGAGAGGUCCAGUUUGUGUCAGCAGCUGGCCCCUUCUCUGUGCCCAUCAGAUGUACCAUUAAGAAAUGUGAUCUGUCUGUGGACAUCGACCUUAUUGUCUUUGGUACCCACGUGGUGGGCCAGACCAUUUCCCGGGCUAUCACCCUGACCAACAGGGGGGCCCUGGGGACAUGCUUCACCCUGGUCUCCUCCCCCUGCCCUAGCCUAGCGCAGUCCCAGCUCCAACCCCAGGCUCAUGCCUUGUCUGAGGCCUCCUCCGCCAGCACCGAGCUUUCACAGGAAAGGAGCACUUCAAUAGCAGCAGCCUCUGACAGCCAGGAGAGCCCUGCAUCACGGGACUCAGGAGAACUCAAAUCAGAAAAGAAGAGUCAGGAACCCUUGCUAGUCUCAGACUCCAAACAGUCAGGGGCCCAGACACCUGCUGUGUCAGAGACCUUGGGGGGUGUGGAGGCUGCCUCAGGAAGACGCAGCCUGGCCUCAGAGCAGCACGAGGGAGGCCCGGCCCUCAAGGCCAGCACAGAAGAGCCCUCAGACAGCAACAGUGACAUCACCAUUGGAGAGGUCAAAGAGGGGGAAGUGGGCCCGUUUGAAAGUGUCAAGUUGGAGAUUGUAUUCACACCCACCGUACCAGGGGAGGCUAAGUUGGACUUCCACAUCAAGUUCUCCGACCCAACCUGUGAACCAAUAUCCAUUGGGGUCCGAGGGACGGCUGUGUGCGUGCCCGUGUGGGUGGCCCAGCCAAGCAUUGUCCUGAAGAUCUGCAUGUUCGAUCGCCUCUAUCAAGACAGUAUCGUGGUCCAAAGCAGAGCGAGCACAGCUCUUCGGCUGACAUUCAAGGUGUGUCCGGAGCUGAGGAACCACAUGGAGAUCCUGCCUAAGACCGGCUACAUCCAGGCCAGGUCCAGCUUCAACGCUAAGCUUAAGUUUCUGCCCAGACGUUCCUUGUUCGAGGAUGCAAAGACGUUUUUUGACAGCGAAACAGGAGUGCUGGAAGUCCCCUUGACAGUGCAAGUGGCUGAUCAGGUCCGGCCUGUUCCCUUCACGGUCCAUGCAGUCAUCACCUCCCCUGACCUGUGCUUUGACCGGACAGAGGUGGACUUUGGCCACUGCUCCAUCUAUGAAUCAGUGAAGACCAGCGUGCGCCUCACAAACUUAACCCUCCUGCCCCAGGACUUUGGCUUUCUGAGCAUACCUCAGUUUGUGGAGGUCCAGCCCAAUGACGGCUUCGGCACUCUCCUCCCAUUGGAAACCUUGGAGGUGGAUUUGAUCUUUAGCGCCAAGAAGGCAGGAGAGUACAGCUUUCAGCUCAACUGCAAAUCCGGAAUUAACAGAGACUUCCCGCUGUCAUGUCGUGCAGUCGGAGUGCACCCUCCGCUAGAGCUGUCUCACUCUCUGGUCCAGUUCGGAGCCACGGUGGUCGGUGACUGUUCCACAGCCGUGCUGCACGUGGUCAACGCACACACCAGCCUCAACGAGUUCACACACCCCGUGCCCCGCAUUGGCCGGGACCCUGUUGCCCCGGUGGGCCCCCGGCUGUUCGCCUUCACUCCCCCCGAAAACUCAGAGAUUAGCCUCACCCCCAGGACAGGCCGGGUCUUACCUGGACAGAGGUGUCUGGUGCAGGUGACAUUCAGGCCCAGGCUGUGUGACCAGGCCAUAAGGGAAGAGGCGGUGCGGCUGCUGUGUCGCUCCGAGGAGCUGCGCCUCCACGAGCUGGAGAGGGUUACCAAGGCCGAGGGGAACAGAAAGGGAGGGGAGCAGGAAGGGCUGUGUAAAAGGGAGGCCCCUACGGCCCCCCAGGAAGGCAAGAAGCCGCCCCCCGCCCGGCCCCAGGCGAAGCAGACCCUGAAAGAGAAGAUCAGCAAAGUGUCCAUCAGCCCCAAAACAGACAGCCCCUUCAGAGCCCCCAACCCAGCCGACAUACAGUCAGGAUCAGAGGAGUACGCUGCAGGCAGGGCCUCCCUCCUGCAUGCCUUCCCUGAGCACUACAGUCGAUACGUCAUCCCUUGCUUCGUGUCCGACGGAGAUCCACCCCAGAAUGACCCCCAUGCCCAGCCAUCCUGCAGCAGCCCCCUCAACACGCUGUACCUGGAGCUGCAUUGCCCAGCCGUUAGGCCCCCCCUGGUGGUCGCGUCCAGUAACGGUCAGACCACCAUCAACUACCACCAGGUGGCUGUGGGACAGAAAGUGGUCAAAAAGCUCACUGUUCAGAAUAUUUCUCAGGAAGCCUUGGAGCUGAGGUCCUCAGUGCUGGACCUGAGUGGUCCGUUCUCCCUCCUAAAUGCUCUGAGACGGCUGGGUCCUGGAGCCACACACACAUUGUUACUGGCCUUCACACCUGCACUGGGAAAAAGGUACCGUGAGACUGUGGAGCUCCACAGCCCAAGCAUGACCCUGGAGAUCACGCUGUGCGGGGUGGGAGUGGAUCCCCUUCUCACCUGCUCCCACCAGGGUGGCCUCAUGGACUUUGGCUACAUGUUGGAGAAGGAGAGAGCCGCCCAGGUCUUUAAGCUGCAGAACACAUCAUCUCUGGCGGUGCGCUUCUCUGUGCUACUGCACAGCCUGUCGCUGGGGUGUAAAGCCCAGAGUGGAGCAGACUCUUUCCCUGCCCUCCUCAGCCCAGGCCCAGAGGAACAGACACACCCCACUGUGGGGACCCAGAACUACAGUGGUCGGAGUGUGUUCAAAGUGAUGCCCAUAGAGGGCACCAUCGCCCCAGGAAAGAGCCAGGACAUCACCGUGACCUUCCUGCCAGACCACGAGAGCCUCCACUACUCGGACAUACUGAAGGUGGAGCUCAUGAACAAGAGCACAGUGUGUGUCAUGGUGCUGAAGGGUGCAGCUCGCUCUCACAUCAUGUACCUGUGUGGAGGAGACCCGCUGGCAGUUUCCACUGAUGCCGUUCACCUUCUGCCAGCCUCCGGGGACUCUGAGCACACAGUGACCGUAUGGACAUACCCCAACCAGAAGCCAUGGAUUACAGGCAACAUCCGCACUGAGCUAAAGGCUAGAGCUGCAGCUUUCAAGGAGCGGGACAAUAAUCCAGAUGCAUAUAAGGAAUCCUACUAUGCCCUCCGACGAGCCAUCAAACAGGCAAAGUGUCAAUACAGGACUAAGAUCGAAUCCUACUAUGCCGGCUCUGGCGCUCGACAGAUGUGGCAGGGCUUGCAAACUAUCACAGAUUACAAAGAGAAACCCAGCCAUGAGCUGCCCAGCGACGCAAGCCUACUAGAUGAGCUAAAUGCCUUCUAUGCUUGCUUCUAGGCAACACUAAACCAUGCAUGAGAACACCAGCUGUUCCGGACUACUGUGUGAUCCCGCUCUCCGUAGCCAAUGUGAGUAAGACCUUUAAACAGGUUAACAUUCGCAAGGCCGCGGGGUCAGACGGAAUACAAGGACGCAUACUUGGUGCAUGCGCUGAUCAGCUGGCCAGUGUUAUCACUGACAUUUUCAACCUAUCCCUGACCCGGUCUGUAAUACCAACUUGUUUCAAGCAGACUACUAUAGUUCCCGUGCCCAAGAACGCCAAGGUAACCUGUCUAAAUGACUAUCUCCCUGUAGCACUCACAUCAAUAGCCAUUAAAUGCUACCACACGGUCUGGAACGAACAGGCCCCUGAACAUCUUCUACCCCCAAGCCAUAAGACUGCUAAACAAGACUGAUAAAUAGUUAAUCAAAUGGCUACCCAGACUACCUGCAUUGACCCUUUUUUGCACUAACUCUCUUGCACUGACUUUAUGCACACAUAAUGGACUCUACCCACACACUCACAUACUGACACACACACACAGACUACAUUAGCACGCACACACACACACACACACACUUUCACACUCACCACAUACGCUGCUGCUACCUGUCUAUUAUCUAUCCUGUUGCCUAGUCACUUUACCCCUACCUAUAUGUACAUAACUACCUCAAGUACCUCAUACCCCUGCACAUCGACUCGGUACUGGUACUCCUUGUAUAUUGCCAUGUUAUUUUUACUUGUUAUUGUUAUUCACUGGUAUUUAUUCCUCGUGUCACUAAUCUUUAACUCUGCAUUGUUGGAAAGGAACCCGUAAGUAAGCAUUUCACUGUCAGUCUACAGUCUGUUGUUUACAAAGCAUGUUACAAAUACAAAAUGUAUUUGAUUUUUGAUUUGUGACUGUAAGCCUGUUUUGCUUGUUCUCUUCUCCUUGUGUAGUAGACUGUGAGAAGCCCCCUCUCCCUAUGCUGCUCACCCUUAGAGGGGUCUACAGAGAGGGGGCCAUGAGCCCAGCGGUCAGAGAGCUGG